ACCAAGAAAUCGACGCUCUGCGCAUUGCAGUAAUGCAACACAGAGUAGCAUUGGAUAUGAUUCUCGCCGAGAAAGGAGGACUAUGUGUCCUCUUCGACAACACCUGCUGUACCUACAUCCCGGACAAUGUGCAUUCCUCAAACAUGACUGAUGCUCUGAAUGCCUUGAGGCAACUGAAGGAAGCCCAAAGUCAGGACUAUGUGAAAAACACCACUGAUUGGUUCACCUGGCUUUUCAACGGCUCAUGGCUACAAGUACUGAAGAGACUACUCAUUGGAGUUGGAGUGUUUUUAAUUUUGUUCUGCUUCUUUGACACAUGUGUUAUCCCAUGUCUAAAAGCCAUAAUCAAACGAAUGAUUAACACCUCACUUGCAGCAUACGUCAGUAUUCCACUUGAUUUAGAACCUAAUGAUGAGAGUGAAGAUGAAAAUGAUGAAAAUGCCACUGUUUAAAAUUAUAAUGUGAAUAUAACCAUGUUUGAUUAAAAUCACAUACACAAUGACGAGCUACUUGAAAAUGCAGACAGCAAGAAAGUAGACUUUGAUGUUUUAAGCAUGUCUUAUGAAGAAAUUAAAUCAGCAAAAACAGGAGGGAAUGUUAAGAGAUUUUUACAUUUACUUACUUUGAUAACUUUUAUUUUGCUUAAGUAUAAUUUCUUGUGAGAACAUGAUGUGCCUGCAACCUACAGAUUAAGGAACAGAAGCAUGUGUGAGGAAGUUACAAAGUAACACACUCUCAGGCAGAGACAGUUCCAACCUGAAGCUGAUAUGACAAAAGAUACUAGUUCCUCUUGUCUUAUGGAUAACAGCCACUCAUGCGAUAACCAUAUCUAGAGAUGUUUUUCUAUUAUGUAUGCUCCACCUAGAGAUGCUGUGUAAUCUAUUCUCUGCUAUAAAAUAAAGAACGGACUGAGGCUCUGCGCGACUUGCCUGUGUCUUGCCACGCAGUAAGCCUCGCCCAUGUACAUGCUAUAAAUUGAGUUUGUGUUUCUUGCUUCUCUAAGGUUUUUUCCUUUGACAGUUAUCAUUAUGAUUAAAAUACUAUAUCACCAUGCAAACAACAUUUAAUCAGAUGUCGGAUCCCACAUGGCUUGUUUGUAUGAAAAAUUGUAUUCAUGAAAAUAAUAUUACAAAAUUAAUGUCAAACCAUGCACAUUUUUCAUAAUUAAGACAUAAAGUUAAACAGACUGGUUGUAUGAAUCUUUAAUGCAGAUAUGCACCUUUGAAGCCCUCUGACAUUUUGGGCUGUGUAUUCCCAGCAGAAAAAAAAAAUUGUGCUUUUGAUUGUGGCUUAUCAAGACAGUUCACUUGAUUACACAAUUUCUUGAGCAAUUUGAUUUCCAUAAACUUAAAAAAAAAAAGCAUGUGAAGUCAUGAGCCUCACGAGCUUACUAAGCUUUUUUGUAUCAGAGCAACAUAACUGGAACAAAUUAACUCAGAUGAUUUAAAAAUUAGCUUAAAAAGGUCUCAAGUGAUGUAAGAUAUCUUGCGUAGGGUUUUUUUUUUUUUCUUCUUUGCAGGGGGGCGAGGGUGGUCAGUGUUUAACCCCUCUGACGAUGCUUCCUUUUUUGACGUACGCACGACUCCGACGAAUAGAAGCCUGAUGCGCAUCCCAGGCAGGCUCUAUAAACAGGAUAACUACCGGCACCCGAAUCAGCCAGCCAGACCCGCAGGGCAACGGAACUUCAUCCUCGUUUAAUUCUCGGUCCUCAGCAGAGUCCAAGCGCGCCUUCACCAUGAGCACAAAAGUCGGCGACAUCGUGGAGGACUUUCACAGCAACAACGGCGACCGCAUCACAGACAAGAUGUCCACGGUCCACCGCCACCACGAGACAUCCCGCAAAGAGUCCGAGGACGAGUCCCGGUUACCGGCGCUGGAAGCCGCCUACACCGACAUCCUGAGGCAUCUUGGGGAGGACACCGACCGGGAGGGACUGUUGCGCACCCCGUUACGCGCAGCCAAAGCCAUCCAGUUCCUCACCAAGGGCUACCACGAGACCAUCGAUGACAUCUUAAACAAUGCCAUAUUUGAUGAAGACCACGAUGAGAUGGUGAUUGUGAAAGACAUAGACAUGUUUUCACUAUGUGAACACCACAUGGUGCCCUUUUUUGGCAAGGUUCACAUCGGGUAUAUUCCCAACAAAAAAGUGGUGGGACUGAGCAAGCUGGCAAGGAUCGUGGAGAUCUUCAGCCGUAGGCUUCAAGUUCAAGAGCGACUGACUAAGCAGAUUGCCACUGGAAUAUCUGAGGCUCUGCAGCCAAAAGGUGUAGCUGUGGUUAUUGAAGCGGCGCACAUGUGCAUGGUGAUGCGUGGUGUCCAGAAGAUGAACAGCCGCACAGUGACAAGUGCCAUGCUGGGAGUCUACCUCGAGGACCCCAAAACCCGGGAGGAGUUCCUGUAUCUUUCACGGCGCACUUAACAGACAUCACGUGCCAUCCACUCCCGAGCCUCUGUCUACAGUUGCACGUGGAAAGCUCUAGAGUUACAGGGGAUCUGCAUCUGACUGCUGCAGAUCCAAGACCUUCACCUCUCAAUCUAACCUCAAUACACUGAAGCCGUGAAGAUUUCAGUCUUACUGCUGAUCAUCUAUUGUUGGAAUCACUGUGAACACAACAUACUUACUUUCAUGGUGCCUUUAGAAGAUAUUGUACAGUCUUUAAUGGCAGUAUAGUAUAUUAUUAUUGCCAAGUAUACAACUUCAGUGCAAUAUUGUAAUGUGACAAUACUUAAGAUUUUAAUCUUUUUUUUUCUGAUGGGACAUUCACAGGUGCUCUUGCAAAGUUAUUGCAUUUGUUAUUCACUGGUUUUACUAAUUUAACAAAACUUGUGUCCUUUAUAAAUACAUUUAUAAAGUCUUUGCAUUAUGUGGUAUUUUAAGAUGCAAAUCCAACGGUUAUAGCUAUAAAAUGAUUCAAAUGAGUAGAGCUGAUAGCAGUACUGAGUAGAUGUUUGUUUGAUCAGUGGCCACUGUGAGGGUCAAAAGCAGCAUUCUGAAAGUUUUCAGUCCAAUUUUGUUCAUGUCGAAAGAAAUAAAACCUCAAGGG